CACGAAAAGACAAUAACAAACAACAAUUAGUAACAAAGUGCGACCAAAGGUAGUAGAAGAAAAGAAAAUUAAAACUCAAUGUUGAUCCAAAGUUAUUCAAUCAGCUCAAUUGUCAGAGGCAACAAACAUUGCAAAUUCCUAUCAAGCCUAAUUAAACUGCGAAAUAUGUCUUCCAGCGGAGGAGAAUCAGAGCAAAAAACUAUUGUGGCCAUAACACAAAUGCGUAGUACCAACGACAAAGCCGGAAAUCUACAUCAAGUACAAAAACUGAUUCAACAAGCCAAAGAGCAGUCGGCUAAGUUUGUAUUUCUACCAGAAUGUUGCGAUUUUGUGGGCGAACAUCGUGAGCAAACUUUGGAGUUAUCCGAACCUCUGACGGGCCCGUUAAUGCAAGAAUAUCAAUCAUUGGCCAAAGAACACAACAUUUGGCUGUCUUUGGGCGGUAUUCAUGAAUCUGUACUAGAUUCGUAUGAACGAAAGACAAACAAAAUCUAUAAUGCUCAUGUAAUUCUAAGUAAUACAGGUGAAUUGGUAACCGUAUAUAGGAAAUUACAUUUGUUCGAUGUCGUAACACCCGAAUUUACAUUCCAAGAAUCCAAGGUGGUGCUACCAGGCCAACGUCUGGUUUCGCCCAUAGAUACACCGGCAGGAAAAUUAGGUUUGCAAAUCUGCUACGACAUGCGUUUUGCCGAAAGUAGUCUUUUACUGAGAAAGGAGGGUGCAGAAAUUCUAACUUAUCCUUCUGCCUUUGCAUAUAACACCGGCAAGGCUCAUUGGGAAGUGCUUUUAAGAGCCAGGGCAAUAGAAAAUCAGUGUUUUGUUUUGGCACCAGCUCAACUGGGUUAUCAUAAUGCUAAACGACGCAGUUGGGGCCACGGUAUGGCCGUUAACCCUUGGGGAAAGAUUAUGGCUGAUCUGGGGGAAACGGAUGACUUGAAGAUGGCUACGGUUGAAAUUGAUUUAAGCACUGUUCAACCCAUCAGAUCAGCAAUGCCUUGUUUUGACCAUAGACGUAAUGAGGUUUACAGUCUGACGGCCUAUGGUCAUGGAACAACGGAGCCUCAAGAAGACCGCAUGUUUGCAACUAAUGUCAUCAAUAAAGAUACAAUAUUUUUCGAGUCGCCAUACUGUUUUGCCUUUACUAAUUUGAGUUGUGUUGUCAAAGGUCAUGUCCUGGUAUCAACGAAACGCGUUGUACAACGUCUCAAUGCAUUGAACUCGGCAGAAAUGAGUGAUCUCUUCAACACUGUGUGUCGCAUACAACGAAUGUUAGAAUCAAUUUACAAAACUACUGCUGCCACUGUUACCGUCCAAGAUGGUGCUGAUGCUGGCCAAACAGUGCCUCAUGUACAUUUCCAUGUAAUGCCCCGUAGUCCCGGCGACUUUAAACAUAAUGAUCAAAUUUAUGUUAAAUUAGAGGACCAAGUGGAAAAUCAUAAGAUACGUACAAUGGAGGAACGCAUACAAGAGGCACAGAAAUAUCGAGAAAUAAUGAGAAGUUUUAAGUUUUAACUGUAGACAAGCGAUAAGUGAAAUAAAAUCAUAGAGCAAUUAGAAUGAAUAAGGUUGUAUGUAGUACAUCAAUCACAUUAUGGGAAAUAUUUAUUUGUCUUAUGAAAAAUUGUUAAAUAAAAUUUUACAAAUUUUUUAAAGACCAUUAAAAUAA